UUAAGUAUCCGAAGUACCAUAAACCGAACUAGCUGACCGAACAGGGCGCGCGGGGUGUCGCGGGCGUGAGGGCUGCCGCCACUCGGGACGCCUCAUGCGCCAAAUAGGAGAUCCCGGGGCUACCGUAUGUCGGAAAGAAGGCAUGGCGGGCGCGUCCUCGUGGUCGUCGUCCUGCUCGUGCACGUCGUCGCUCGGCUCCUUGGAUGACGACGACGUGGUCUGCAUCGUGAAGCCGGGUUCCCCCGGGCCCGGGGCAGCAGAGGGCAGCGUCAAGUUUUUGUGCAGCUACGGGGGUAUGAUCCUUCCACGCCACCCCGACGGCGCCCUCCGCUACGUCGGCGGCAACAACCGCGUCCUCUCCGUCGACCGCUCCCUCCAAUUUCACGAGCUGCAACGGAAGCUGACGGACAUGUGCGGAUGGGAGGCGAUGAGCCUGCGGUGCCAGCUGCCGACGGAGGACCUAGACGCGCUCGUCUCCGUCACGACCAACGACGACCUCGGCCACCUGCUCGAGGAGUACGACGCCGCCAGCAGGGACCGGCUCCAGCCGCUCAAGAUAAGGGCGUUCCUGUUCCCAAGGGCCAAAACGCCGCCGAUCUCGCCGCCCACCCCGUCGUCCUCCAGGCCAACACCGGGGUACGUCCGCCACCAGCAUCACGCGGCUCGUCCCCCUCCGGCUCGUGUGCAUUCGGGCCACCGGCGCCCGCACCAGCUCCUGCUCGUCCACAACGGCAGUCGGUUGCUAUAACGGCUGGAUUAGCAGCCGCGUGCUGGUGUAUUAGCUUGGCAGUCGUGAGAUGAGAUCGCCCAUGGGGCGCUGUCGCUCACGAAUUUGUAAGCCCUGCUUUGCAUGGUUCAUAACAUACGUACUACUGUAACAGACUUAUUAGCUUGGCUUAUUUUAAAUAA